AUGUCGAAGCGAAACGAUAGCUUCCGCAAGCAUCGCAAGUCGAGAUCUUCGAAGAAAGACGAUGUCCAUCAGUUCCCGGCCGUCACUUUCAACGGAUCCGAGGUCAUUUCUCCAGCGACAUCACCUUUUCCUUCUCAAUAGAACCUUUUCAGUCUAUCGAUAUUCCCGCCGAUGAGGGAAAGAGUCCCGUUCAGUCGCAUAUGUCUUUGGCUUCAAAUCCGGCCGACUUCAAGUUCAUGGACGAGAUCGCCCUUCUGAAGCGUGGUCGCAUUGACAAAGACGCCCCAAAACAUCCGUACAGCCGUCGCGGCCAGCAGGAGAUUCCGGAGAUCCCUGAGUCAGCCGUUUCGAGCUCUACGAUCUCCACGAACUCCACGAACUCGUCUCUGCAAGCGAGAAGCUCGUCAGUGAUGACUCUGCUCGCUGGGACUGUCGACGGUGAUGAGCAGAACUACACGGUCGGUCAGGACGGACUGCUCAAGGUCUGGAAUCUGAAAGAGGGCGGAGAGAGGUGAUGAGCUGUUUCCGUCCUGUGAUAUUGGAGUGUUAUUUCAGAUUCGAACUGUCGUCAGCCAAUGAUGAACGCGUGGCCGUCUUCCAGCAAUGCGAGGGACAGACGUGCUUGUUCACUUUCAAAAUGAAUGCCAAGGACGAUAAAUAA